AUGGCGGGUGCCGUUAGCAGCUGCUGCUACUCGGCCAAUCUGUCGACUACACAUCGUCAUUUUCCGCGUCCCCGCCGGACCGUCAUCGCCCUUAGCCCUGGCUUUGUUGUCGCUGCGCCGCCGGCCGAUCUUACAAGCAUCGUGCAGUCUUCUUCUUCCCUGCCGUCCUCUUCCGUAAAGAUCGGGCUCUUCUCGUCGGCUAUCUCCCCGGCUCCGGUCAUCCACUUUGGACCAGCUCGUCUGCCGGAUAAGGAGGUUCCGCUGAGCAAGCGCUUGGUCUCGCUGAUCGUCGGGAGCAGCGGGAGCGGCGACGGGGGACUGGGGAGCGGUGAUGGCGGUGAUGGUGUUGGUGGAGGAUCAGGCAGCGGUGGUGGUGGAGGUGGGGAAGGGGAAGGGCAAGGUGGGGAGGAUUCCUCGAGCGACAAGAACAGGUUGGAGGCGCUCUUGGCGCUUUCGCAGGCUGGAAGGUCGCUGGGGAGCAUCCCAAAUGAUUUUGCGGCUGCGAUCCAGGCCGGGAGAAUCCCAGGGUCCAUUGUGAACCGUUUCUUCGAGCUCGAGAAAUCGCCACUUCUUGGAUGGCUGCUCCAGUUUAGCGGAUUCAAGGAACGACUGUUGGCGGAUGACCUCUUCUUGACUAAGGUCGCCAUUGAGUGCGGUGUCGGGAUAUUCACCAAGGUGUCUCCUCAUUUCUUCCUAUUCUUCUCAACGUUAUUUGCCUAUUUACCGCGUUCGGCAUGCGUUAUCCACCUAUUAGCUUGCCUAGAGGCCUCUGUGCAUGUACACUUGCUUUCCCUUACGUUGUUUCCCCCAGUUCCAUUUAUUUGCUUCAUUCAAGACCUUGAAAUCUAUUGUUCGAGCCCCUCACUUCAGAUUCGGUGCCUUUUAAUAUUCUUAAGGUAGAAUUCUUGCAUCUUUUUGCCCAUGAAAAGUUUCUUGAAAUUUACGUCAGAUGUUAAGAUGAUUGUUAGUCACAUGUCCUCGGUUUCAAGUGUUAAUAUGAAGGGACGGGAAGGGGAUCUUCGCUGGAGGGUUUUAACAUUCGAAGUGUUGAGAAACAGUAUUUGGAAAUUGUUACUACUCUUCUGGUGUUAGCUUAUGUAUUUUGUAUUAAAAGGCCGAAAAUGUUCCCUAUGCUGACCAAUAUUACAUGUUUGUUUUCAGUGGGGUGGAGAAUAUUGAAUUAAACUGAUGGGAUGUUGUUUAGUUGUUUUUCCUCUGUUCUACUUGUCUUCUUUUUGGAUUACUUUCAUGUCUUCAUUCUUAUUCGGCUGUCUAAGUUUUACCAUUUGUAUAUAUAUUCUUAAAGGCCUACCAGUGAUUUUUUUCCUGGUGACUCCAUUCUUCAGACAGCAGCAGAAUAUGAGCGCCGCAGAGAAAAUUUUAUGAAGGAGUUGGAUUUUGUUUUUGCAGAUGUGGUAUGGCCCCUUUAAGUUUUUUUGUUAUUAUGUGAUAAAUGUAAGGAUACCAUUAUAUUAACGAAAACAUCUGCUUGUUAAUUACUUGGUAACGUGGCAUUUGUCUUAACCAUAAAAAGGACAUGUUACUGAUGCUCAGUGAUAAUGACUUGGGCAUGAGUCAUUGAAUGAUUCAACAAACCUUUUUGGGUUUACAACAGAAUGAGCUCAUCAUUAAGUUUUCUUGCGUUCUGUGCUCUAAAUCUGUAACUAUUGAAUGCUUGCUGAAGCUCAGGCACACUGUCGAUUUACCACACAGGAAGAACAUCAAGAAAGGAAUGUGGCACUUUGACAUGGAAAAAUGAAAAAAGCUCUAAAAAAGGAUAUUUACCUCCUAAAAAGAUGCACAGCUAUAGUUAUAUUUUUCAAUAUAUUCGUACGUUUUUAUAAGUAGGUUUUGAAGCUAUGUAAUUUCAUCGAGACAAAUAUUAUCAUCUGGAUACACUUAGAUAUUCAAACAAGUAACUUUUGGAAAAAAGCAAGAAAACUUGUGUUCUUUGAUGUAGCAUGUGCCAAACAUUAACCAACACAUUCAUAUGGAAAUCCUUUUUAUUAGUGACAUUUAUAAUUGUGCUCCUAUACAUUAUUGGUCUUGCCAGUCUUUACCCUUCGAAUCCAACUUGAUCAAAACCACAACUGCACCUGCCUUGUCCGAGAUACAAUCCCAAUUGUACGAAACUUGUCUAUAGAGUAUCCAAACCCACUAAAAAGAGGAUUAGUCUCAUUUCCUCAGGGCCCUUCAUUCUUACAAUCACAAUAACGAUUAUAAUUAUGGCUCUUUGGCUGACUUCAUUUGGGAAAGAACAUAAUUUUUCCCUUACUGCUGCCAUAUCAACGAGGGUAGAGCAUUCUCUGCCAUAUCAAGAAAAAGAGUUUUUCUGUAACCUCUUAUUGCAUAAUCUAUGGAAUGUAUGCAUGCUCUUUGAAUUGAUCUGAACUAUAGCUUAGUUAGCAGGUCUGAUGAAUGUGGAAAAAGAAAACUUAAUCCCUCGCCAUUUUGCACCUGCUCAGGCCAAAACUGCCCCUUUGAAUCUCUAUUGGAGAUGCAUAGGGCUUUGAGGGAAUUGUGAUACGAUAAAAAAACCCACAUAAAAAUAGGAGUUAUAGUUGCGUAUCUCAAUGACACCUCUAGUUUUGUAGGAACUAGCCAAUAUCAGUUAUUGUAUAACUGGCCUGUUUGAUGUGCUAGUUCCGUGUGAAGCCUUUAUUUUAUAUUGUGAUACUGUGAUACUCAUGGCUGCAAUUCAGAAAAUUUAAAAUUUUAACAACCUUGGUGCUUAUCUCCUUCCUAGGUAAUGGCCAUAAUUGCAGAUUUCAUGCUUGUCUGGCUUCCUGCCCCAACUGUUUCCCUUCGCCCUGCACUUUCUUUUAGUGCUGGACCAAUUGCGAAAUUUUUCUAUGGGUGCCCUGAUAAUGCUUUUCAGGUGAGUUUCAUUUCCUUUUAAUAUCUUCCAUUCUUCUGGGAAACUUGGAACAAAAUUAAAAAUUUUCAUCUCUUUAGUGGAAAACAAAGCUAUUUUCUUGAAGAAUACUUGUCAAAGCUUUCUCAGUAUUCUUACGUUACUGUUGGAAUAUUUUUUGUAGGUCGCCUUAGCUGGAACCCAUUACUCGUUUCUGCAGAGAAUUGGUGCAAUAGUGGUGAAGUAUCAGAUAUGCAUCAUUUAAAAUAUUAUCUAUUCAUGCAUGUGUGUGUGUGUGUGUGUGCGUACUCAUUUAUCCUGGUACACGGGUGUGCAUGUACCCUUGGGUGUACAUGAUAUGCAUGUACACACAUGGUUGAAUGGGUAGUACAAAUUUGUGCAACAUUUCAUGUGCAUGUGCAUGCAUGUCUUUUUAUUAUUACUCAUUGAUGGAUGGACCUUUAUCUUGCAGCGUAAUGGAACAAAGCUUUUUGUAGUCGGCACUGGUGCAUCUCUGGUAUGAUAAUUCCUUGAAAAUAAACUUCCUGUUGUACGGAAAACUUGCAAAAACUUCAUGCUAUCAACAUAAUUUAGCCUCUAAAUUUUUUAUUACUCUGGCUUCCCAAUCAUGGAUGGUUACUCUCCCGAUAGAGAAGUUGUGGAACAAUGCACCUAUUUGUGUGAAUGUAUCUAAUUCUCAACAGCCCAGCCGCAAACUCCCAUCCCCACACCACCUACCUAUCCUCACACUUGACCCCAAGUCUGCUUGUGCUAUUUUUGAUUUCGAGUCACGGGCUUAAUAGCCUUCUCUUAGUGACUAUCAAACUCUGUGGUCUUCUCAGUUUCACUCGUCAAUGUUUUAGCUCAGGUCUUGCAUGCCUUCUUUUUUUCCCUCAAUCUCUUUGACUUAUUGUCUUUUAUUAUCUUUUGAUUUGAAUGAUGAACAUCGGUUUCUUACAAGUUGGAGGUGCGGAGCUUACAAAAUGUCCCUAGGGCACAUUUUGAUGUAGUCAUGUAGCUGAGAAGACCUUUUUAGGUUCUUAUUUGGGUUGAAGAAUGUUCUCUUUAGGAAGAUUUGAAUAAAAGUGACUGAACUCAAUAAUUUGAACACUCUAAGUCUGACAUGAAACUUGCUCCGAAUCUGUUUUAGAAGCCGUGUAAGUGCAAGAAAGUUGUCUUAGUAUCUUGAGUCAUUAGAUGACCUUUCAUCUUAACGGUUAUAACACUUGUCUUAGUUUUGUCUUUGCAAUGCACCACUUUUGAUCCACACGUGGAGCAAUGUAAUAAUACUAUAGAUGCUUUUAAAGGAUGGCUACCUGGGCUUAAAACUUCAUGCUUGAUACUGAUUACACGCAACAUGAGUAUCAUGCGUUGUCCCCUUGUGAUCUAUACCAGUGCAAGCAAGACUUCAUGGUAGGUUCGUGUACAUUAGUCAAGUGCAGCUGAAGUUGAACAAAAGUCCAUGGUGCUCCCCAUGUGACUUGGUCCAGAUGUUGUAUGUCAAGUUCUCUAACUAUUUGGUCAGUUUGAUUUUGGGAUUAAAACAUAGUUCCAUGAAAGCCUUCAUCAAAUUAUUUUAGCUCCGUUUUUACAAAUUAUGCCCUAAAUGCAAGGGAGAGUUUCCUUCCCAACUAUAAGAGUUCUGAUGCAAUCGUACUCCAUGUAAAGUGGUUUUCUAGUUCGGGCAUUUAACAUGGAGUUUCUCUUGAUGGAAAAGUAGAUGUUAUACAGCCAGUGGGAGCUGGAUGGGUGUUGUUUUCUGUCUUCAUGGAAGAAUAGAUGCUUUACAACUAGUGAGAGCCGCAUGGGUGUUCUUAUUUGUCUGAAUGGAAGAAUAGAUGAUAUCCAACUAGUGAGGCCGCAUGGGCGUUCUUUUCUGUCUGGAUGGAAAAAUGGAUGCUAUACAACCAACUAGGUGCCAAUAUGGAAUGAUUGAGGCCAUAUAUGAGCUCAUGUAUGACUAUUUUUACUUUCUCAAGUUACAGUGUUUGGUAUAUCUCUGAAAUCGUGUAUUUUCAGAUAGGAACUGGCGUAACCAAUGCCCUGAUGAAGGCUAGAAAAGCGCUUGACAAAGAUUUUGCCGGAGAAGCAGAGGAUGUCCCCAUACUCUCAACAAGUGCAGCCUACGGUCUCUACAUGGCAGUGUCAAGCAACCUUAGGUAAAUGGGUUUAGAGCGAUGUUCUAUUCGUUUGAGACAUUUUUAGCAAAUAAUGGAAGUUAUUUCUACCCUUAUCAAUCGCCAUUUUUUCUCUAGUUUUAUUUAUUUACACUGUUUAUUGCAUUUCAUUUUUACCUGGUGCACAAAUCCUAUAAAACUGAUGCAAAUAUAAUUAAUCUUCUUUGUAAUGUUUUAAUCAUGAAAACUCACUACACACAUUGUGACCGAUGUUUACGUCCCUGUUUCAUUUGCAAAUAUGGAAUGAUAGAUACCAUAUAUGAAUCCUAUAAAAAUGAUGAAAAAUCUAAUUAAUGUUCUUUGCAAUCUGUCAACCAUGAAAACUCACUACACACAUUGCAACCGAUGUCUAUGUCCUUGUUCUUCAUUUGCCAAUAUGGAAUGAUAGAUGCCAUAUAUGAAUCCUAAAAAAAAUGAUGAAAAUCUAAUCAACGUUCUUUGCAAUCCGUCAAUCAUGAAAACUCAACUACACACAUUGCGACCGAUGUCUAUGUCCUUGUUCUUCAUUUGCCAAUAUGGAAUGAUAGAUGCCAUCUAUGAAUCCUAAAAAAAGUGAUGAAAAUCUAAUCAAUGUUCUUUGCAAUCCGUCAAUCAUGAAAACUCAACUACACACAUUGCGACUGAUGUUUGCAUCCCUGUUGUUCUUCAUUUGUAUUCCCCGGCUCUGAAAGUUUGUGUGAAAAAGGUACCAAGUAUUGGCCGGGGUAGUUGAGCAACGAGUCUUGGAGCCCCUCCUGCACAACCAGAAGCUUGUUCUGAGUGCGCUAUGCUUUGCUGUGCGGACCGGCAACACCUUCUUGGGAUCCCUUCUGUAAGUGCUUCCUUCUCUCCUCAGAACCAGUCCCCUGGGAAGAUUUUUGACACGUCCGUCAUCUGUGAACAGGUGGGUCGACUAUGCUCGCUGGAUCGGAGUCCAGAAGAUCCGCGAAUAA